GGGGGAGGGGGAGGGGGGAGGGGGGGGUAUUCGGACGCACAUGGCUCCGCCUAAGAAAGGCGACCUGACGGCCGAGGAGAAGGAAUUAUUGCAAGUCAUCUCUGAAGGGAAUGUUCAGGAAGCUGGAAGGUUGUUGGGUAGCACAAAUGUCCGUGUCAACUGUCUGGAUCAGCACGGAAUGACUCCUCUGAUGCAUGCGGCAUAUAAAGGAAAAGCUGAAAUGUGCAAGCUGCUGCUGCAACACGGAGCUGAUGUGAAUUGCAACGAGCAUGAGCAUGGUUACACGGCUCUUAUGUUUGCUGGGCUUUCAGGUAGCAAAGACAUAACCAGAAUGAUGUUGGAAGCAGGUGCUGAAACGGAUGUUGUAAACUCAGUUGGACGAACUGCAGCACAGAUGGCGGCCUUUGUUGGUCAGCACGACUGCGUAACCAUUAUCAACAACUUCUUUUCCCGGGAACGACUGGACUACUACACAAAACCACAAGGCCUCGACAAAGAGCCCAAGCUCCCAGUCAAAUUAGCAGGACCCUUGCACAAAAUCAUCACAACAACAAACCUGCACCCUGUCAGGAUUAUACUUCUGAUUAAGGAGAACCCUUUGCUGGCAGAAGUUGAUGCGUUGGGCAAAUGCUACAAGAUAUUGGACCUUAUAUGUGAGAAAUGUAUGAAACAGAGGGAAAUCAAUGAAGUGCUGGCCAUGAAGAUGCACUACCUCAGCUACAUCUUCCAGAAGUGUAUCAGCUUCUUAAAGGAACAAGAAGAUAAACUCGAUGGACUCAUUAAGAGCUUACUAAAAGGGCGUGAUACUGAUGGCUUCCCAUAUUACCAAGAAAAAUUCCUAAGGGAAUGUAUCCGGAAGUUCCCAUGGUGUGAAGCCACACUUCUGCAGCAGCUUGUGAGGAGUAUAGCUCCAGUUGAGAUUGGCAGUGAUCCGACAGCAUUAUCUGUACUAACACAGACAAUUACUGGCCAGGUCGGCUUUGUGGAUGCUGAGUUCUGUACAGCAUGUGGCGAGAAGGGAGCAGAUAAAAGAUGCUCAGUCUGCAAAAUGGUAACUUACUGCAACCAGAAUUGCCAGAAGAUGCACUGGUUCACUCACAAAAAAGUGUGUAAGAAACUGAAAGAGUCGAGAGAGAAGCAAGAAGCCAUAGACAGCCAGAGGCAAGAAAACGCAAAGCAGAACAAGGAAGAAAAUACGCCCGUUUCCCAAAGUGAGUUGGGUGAGCCUGGGAUUGUGCAAGAAACUAGCAAAUAUUCUGUUUCCCUACCGCCAAGCUCUGAAGCCAACCUGGGAGCUGAUGGUGUCGGGACAAAGGAAACAGCAGAAACUAAAGUAACUUCCACAACUCCACGUGACGGGGACUCCAGUCCAUCUGUAAACAAAUGUUCAGCUGAGGAAUAAAGAUGAUCUAAUGCGGCCCUGGCUUUGCUCCAGCUACUCCCUGUAUGUGAAACAUUUAAUCCAACCUACAUUCAUCAACAAGGUCAACUCUCCCACUGAACAACGGUGGCAGAGGAUCAUAUUGUAUUUAUUGUGCACUAAAGGAAUUAGUUGCUCUGAUCUUGCAUGGUUCAACCCCGUCACAGUCUGUACCAAAGCAACCUGCUGUCCUUGAGCAAGGAGCAGUGCCAGCCAAGCAGGACUAGCAUGCGUGUAUGUGUGUAUGUGAGUGAUCAGUGGGAUUUACUUUCAACCAUACUUAAUUCAUUUAACUGCAUCUGGAGCAGAUGGAACAUUAACUGCUUAGGGCGCAAUGCUGUAAAUGGCUGUGCUGAAACUCAGUUCAGAGCAACUAAUAUCCUUCUUAAUUUUCUUUUGUGAUGCACAUUAUUGAAACAAAAAAAGGGAUAUUGCCUGCUGGAAAUACCAGGAAGUUAAAGCAAAUGGAAAUCUAGAAUGUUAAGUAAAUUAGCUGGAGAAUGAAGGUUUGUUUCCCUGUCUGAUGGUAAAAGGCUGCUCAGUUGCCCAAUCCCAGGGAAGAUUUAAACAGUGUGAGCAAUUUGGCUCUAUUCUGUAUCAUGAAAGUUGAUGGCAUUUUGGCUACAUAGCUUAUUUUUUCACUAUUUUCUCAAAAAAAAGUACUUGUUUUUCCCUACUCAUGGUUUUAUCAGUGGAUGUAUUGCAAAUCAGCAAAAUAGAUUAAAGGAAUUGCCAACAAAUACUGCUUAUAUCCAGUGCUGAAUGUAUGUUAUUGAUCAAUAUGGAACAUUUUUUUUAGUGUGAAUGUUCUUUCUCCUCCCCCUUCCCUCACCUUGAAUAAAACGAUAUACUGCUUGACUGGUA